AUGCACACGACGACUUCAGAGACUUUGAAACCAGUUCCUCUGGCUGGCAAGUGGGGUCUGGAUGGGUGGCCGGCCAUCGGCUUCUCUGCAGGCAUCAAUGAGGCUGUGCCCACAGGAGGCGCGUUUGAGCCGCGGGUCUGCCCAAGCUUGUCAGCCCGCGGAGGCAGUACUUGGCUGCAGUGCAGCUCUGCUGGGGCCGUGGCUUAUGAGGCCCCACCCAGGGUGGCGCAUUGGCUGCCCUUCUCCCUCUUGGCAGACAGAGAAAAUCCCAACGCAAAUCCUGCUAAGGCAAGCUCACAGCAGGACACUCGGACUAAAGCUCUGUCUCUGGGCCAGUCAGCCACCUUCAAACGUGAGGCCCGCCCCACCAGACACAACUUUCCAGGCUUGUUACCGAGGCCUGGGUGCCAUCACACAGGCUCCGGGGCGGCCAGGACAGGCUGGUCCUUCUGUUCACAGGCCACUUACAGCCCAGCACGCGAAGAGGCUUUCCGGUGGGUGCUGACACACACGUGUGCUGCCACAGGCCGACCCAGCUGUGAGACCUGUGGGCAGUGCAAGCAGACUGGGCCAGGGGCCCUGACUGUGGAGCCGCCCCGGGGACUGUGCGUCCCCGGCCUCGAGGUACCGCCCGAGGCAGCACACAGGCCCCACCUGUGUUCCAAGGCAUCGGAGUCGCAGGGAGGGGUGAGAGGCUCCGCGACCGCACCUCCAGAGACCCCUGCCUCCAGCUCCCGGCCCUCGGCUCUGGGAGGGCUUGGCUGCAGGCCAGAGUUUGUCAUGAAAACCCGCCUUCCUUCAUCCCAGUCCACGUCCUCCCUGUCUGUGCUGUUCCUACGCCUCUUCCUCGAGUCUCUGGUCCUGUGUCCUCCCGCCUCUCCGGAGGACACCAUGGCCUCACGGCCUCCUCCCCCGGCACAGGCUCCACCGGACGCCACAACCAGCUGCCCGCAGGAGCCUUCUCCGCAGGCCCCUGUGGGAGUGGACGACGGGGCCCGGCCCAGCUGGCCAGAGCAGCCCAGCUCCCCGUCCGUUUCCUGUGACUGGCUUCUGCCGUGGAUUAUGUCAGUUCAUGAAUCGUGGGCGCCACCCGACGAGGGCAGGUCUGGCACCUGGCUCACUGUGUCAGCCCAGGGCACAGUGGGCUCUCAGUAG